ACAGCCCCCGCAGCCUCCUCGCGCCGGGUCUCGCGGUCUCAGCUCCAGCCUCCUCCUCCGUGCCGUCGCCGCCGCCCCAGCCGCCCGCUUCGUGGGUCGGUCCCUCCGGCACACGGGCUCCAGCCGCGCCGCAGCCGCCCUCCUAGCCCUUCAGGCCGCCCCGGUCUCCUCCUCCGGCCCGAACCAGCCUGCGAAGAUGGUGGACCGCGAGCAACUGGUGCAGAAAGCCCGGCUGGCCGAGCAGGCGGAGCGCUACGACGACAUGGCCGCGGCCAUGAAGAACGUGACCGAGCUGAAUGAGCCACUGUCCAAUGAGGAACGCAACCUUCUGUCUGUGGCUUACAAGAAUGUUGUUGGGGCACGCCGUUCUUCCUGGAGGGUCAUCAGCAGCAUCGAGCAGAAGACAUCUGCAGAUGGCAAUGAGAAGAAGAUAGAGAUGGUUCGUGCUUACCGUGAAAAAAUAGAGAAGGAGUUGGAAGCAGUGUGUCAGGAUGUGCUGAGCCUGCUGGAUAACUACCUGAUCAAGAAUUGCAGUGAGACCCAGUAUGAGAGUAAAGUGUUUUACCUGAAGAUGAAAGGGGACUAUUACCGUUACCUGGCUGAAGUGGCCACUGGAGAGAAAAGGGCAACUGUCGUGGAGUCCUCUGAGAAGGCCUACAGUGAAGCCCAUGAGAUCAGCAAGGAGCACAUGCAGCCCACUCACCCCAUUAGAUUAGGCCUGGCUCUUAACUACUCCGUUUUCUACUACGAGAUCCAGAAUGCGCCUGAGCAAGCAUGCCACUUGGCCAAGACCGCUUUCGAUGACGCCAUUGCUGAGCUCGACACUCUCAACGAGGACUCCUACAAGGACUCCACUCUCAUCAUGCAGCUCCUCCGCGACAACCUAACGCUCUGGACAAGCGAUCAGCAAGACGACGAUGGUGGAGAAGGCAACAAUUAAGGCCCCCAGGUGGACUGGCAGCGCACGCUGAUGCUACUACUGCAGUCUUUAUUUUUUUCCCAUGAGUUGGGGGUCGGGUGGGGGAGGGAAAGGGAGGGGUGACCUUCCCAGGGAGAAACCCACGACCUGUCCUGUCUUUGAUUGCCUCUUUGACAUUUUUGCCAAAAUACCACUAGUGGAAAGUCAGGCUAGUUGUGCUGGUAUUGGAAUAGCAGCCUCACACUGGCAUAUGGACUGUUCUGUAGAUUAAUGCAAGUGGAGCUGUCUGUCUUUAAUUUAACUUAUUGCUAGGUAAUAGGGUUUUAAGGCAAAAAGAAAACUGAAAUGGAAUGGCCCUCAUUCAGUAAGUUCUGUGGUUCCAGUAAGGACUUUUAUGUACAUAUGCUCUUGUCUUAAGUUUUGGGUACUUUCUAGCUCAUCUGUUUUAGCUGUGCAUUUUUUUCAGGGUGUACUCUACCACACAUGGAAUAGUUUAAUCCCAGGCUGACAGACUUAGAACAUAAGGUAUAUUCAUCCUUAUGGUUUAGGCCUGGCCGGUUUUCUGAAGUCUCUGAUUAGUUGACAGUAUUAACACUAAAUUGCAGUUUACAGUAUUUCUACAUUACAGCCAUAUGUAACAUCAAGCCAUUGAUUGUGUAUUUUUAUUUGCUAGUUAUUUUGGCUUUACAUCCUUAUUCAGCCUUAUCCAGGUUGGUUUUAGUUUGUCUGUCUCCUGGGCUAACAGACUUGCCUGGGGAGAAUCAGAGCUACUUUAGGUUUUGGUUAAUAGGUGCUUGGCAGGUGGCUGUGGGAUUUUUGUUCUUCUUUCCUCUUAACUUAAAUCCACCACAAAAAUUAUUAGUCAUUUUAAUAGAAAGGUUAAACACCACAAAAAUAGACAAAAUUCAGGUCUGUAUGUCAUUUAUCGUGUUGGUAUUUUCAGAGCAUAUCCUGCUUUUGAAACUGCCAUGGCUCCUUCCUCAGGGACCCCACCACCGCUCACUCUUUGCUUGAGUCUUCCCCACUGUACCUGUGCUGACGGCACGUACCUGGGUCGAGAAGCGGCUGGACUGUGCAAGCUGGUGGCUAUUUUGAGAAAGUUUGUGGUGCAGUGUGUGAAAAUUCAGGUGCUGGAAGCUUACUGGUGGGAAAAUACAAAAGGAAGAGCUGUAUUCAUAAACAUUCUGUCAAAUUCCGGGAGCCUCCUUCCCAAAGUAAUUGUUGUAGGAAGAUAAACUAAAAUCAUUACCCAGGUAGUAUAUACUUAACUCUGUAUUUUCUUUUUAAUGAAAGCAUUGAAGUUGAAGAUUCACUUCUCUCUUGUGUAAUCAAGGCACAUUUUGGAAUUGAAGGAAACUAUAUUGCUAUUUCCAUAAAUUUGUUGUUAGCCCUAGGUCCCUCACUCUCAUUUUGGAUAAGUCUCUGUAAACAUUACCUGUUGCAUGUGUGUUCAGUAUAUUUUAUAAAAUCAGUAACAGCGUGAACUCUCGAGAUGGGUAAUGACACCAAACUAGUUUUGUUUGUUUCUUUGUUUUAUUUAGGCAGGAAGAGGUGUGAAUAAUAAUUGAGGAAAAACUAACAGAUGCUUUUGUUAAUACCAAAAUUGAGCCUACAAUUACAAAUGAAUAUGUUUAACAGGAUACAGGUGACAGUGAAGAUAGAACAAUGAGGAUGACCAUAGAAUAAAUAUACUCUAUAACAUUGCUGUUUACCCAGCAUGACUUUCCUUAGAAGGCCCCCUUCUUAUGUUAGAGUGGAAAUCCUAAUAAAUUGAAGCCUACCAGAAGAACUAA